AUCAAAUGGUCAUUCGUCACCUUCCAACUUCCAACACCACCGAACAGAUAUGGAGGCAAAGACAAUAGGAACCCACAAUGGCACCUUUCACUGUGAUGAGGCCCUAGCCGUCUUUCUCUUGCGACACACCCCCACUUAUCGGGAAGCAAGUUUGAAAAGAACCAGAGAUCCGUCCAUCUUGGAUACGUGUGACAUCGUCGUCGAUGUAGGAGCCGUGUAUGAUGUUGAAAAGAGGCGUUUUGAUCACCACCAACGUGGUUUCGAAGAAGUGUUUGGGUAUGGCUUCGGGAUUAAACUAUCGUCGGCUGGCCUUAUCUACAAGCACUUUGGGAAAGAAGUCAUCGCCCGUGAAUUAGAGUUGGACAUCGAGGAUCCAAAUGUCACAGUUCUCUGGUUGAAACUGUACAAGGAAUUUAUAGAGGCCAUCGAUGGCAUUGAUAAUGGAGUAUCUCAGUACCCCUCAGAACAAAAGCCGCGAUAUCGUAAUCGGACCGACUUGUCAAGUAGGAUCGCUUGGCUCAACCCACCUUGGAAUUAUCCGACGGAUGCAGGGGCCAUCGAUUCCCUGUUUAGCAAGGCCUCACAGCUUGCCGGGGAAGAAUUUCUUGGCAGACUGAGGUACUAUGCGAAUGCGUGGUUGCCUGCCCGAGGUUUUGUUGGAGCCGGCCUUACUGCUCGGCGUGGGGUCGAUCCCAGCGGGAGAAUCAUACUAUUCGAACAGUUCAUUCCCUGGAAGGAACACCUUUUUGAGCUCGAAGAAGAGCAGAAUAUUGCAAGCGACGCUCUCCCAUUGUACGUCAUAUACCCUGACGAGUUCAGCGGUAAUUGGCGCGUUCAAGCCGUGCCUGUCGCGCCGGAGAGCUUCGAGAGCCGGAAGGCACUACCCGAGAAAUGGAGAGGGCUUCGGGAUGAUGAAUUGUCUCGGGCUUGCGGCGUGGAAGGGUGCAUUUUUGUACACGCAUCAGGAUUUAUAGGAGGCAACAAAACAAAGGAAGGAGCGUUGGGGUUAGCUAGACUUGCUGUUGUGAUGUAAUCUUAAGAAAUCAACAAGCACCUCUUUUGAUCUCA